AUGAGUCGUCGUCGGAGACUCUUCAGCACUCUGAAGACAACCGUGUUCCCUCUUCUCUACACCGUCCUCUUCAUCCUGGGCUUGUCGCUGAACGGCCUGGCAGCAUGGGUGUUCCUCCGAAUCCCCAGUAAAUCUCACUUCAGCAUCUAUCUGAAGAACAUUGUGGUGGCCGAUAUUAUCAUGACCCUCACCUUCCCCUUCAAGAUCCUCGCCGAUGCGAACUUAGCAUCUGUCGGUGAACGUGUUUUCGUCUGUCGCGUAUCAUCCGUGCUCUUCUACCUCACAAUGUACAUCAGUAUCCUGUUCUUCGGCCUGAUCAGCAUCGAUCGCUGCAGAAAGACCAUUUGGCCCUUUGUGGGCACCAGCCCUAGACGCCUGCUGCACAGAAAGCUCCUCUUGGGCUUCAUAUGGACAUCGCUGUUGGCUCUUUCGCUGCCCAAUGUAAUCCUGACAAGCCGUCCCAACACUUCCAGCCGCUUUAAAUGCAGUGACCUCAAGAUAGAGAUGGGACUGAAGUGGCACGAGCUAGUCAACCACGUGUGCCAGGUGAUAUUUUGGGGAAACCUUGUGACGGUGAUAGUAUGCUACAUGCUCAUCUCGAAAGAGCUCUACAAGUCUUACGACCGCACACGAGCUCAACACCAGGCAAGGCCAGGAACGAACGCCCCCCACAAAAAAAGCAUUCAAGCCAACGUGUUCCUAGUGUUGGCGGUCUUCUUUGUUUGCUUCGUUCCCUUCCACUUCGCCCGAGUGCCGUACACCAUUAGCCAGACACAAGUACGCAUGUUCAAUUGCCAGCAGAAGCUAUUUUUCUUCCAGCUGAAGGAGAGCACGCUGUGGCUUUCCUCCCUUAAUUCUGUGCUGGAUCCUCUCAUCUACUUCUUCCUCUGUAAGUCGUUCAGGAGCUCGCUGUAUAUUGUAACAUAUUAA